AUCGAAUCGUUUCAGUAAUUUCAGUUUCUUAGUUGAAUCAACACAAUUAAUGCAAGUUUUAUAAAAUAAAAAAUGGAAUUUUUAAUAAUUACUUUAUUAACAUUUGUGUAUAUGGUGUAUUAUUAUUACAAAAAAUCGUUUCAAUAUUGGGAGAAGAAAGGUGUUGCUCAAAUCAAACCAAGUUUUCCUUUUGGGAAUAUUGAAAAUCCGAUUACAAGUAAAGGAGGAACCGUCAUGAAUUUAGCCGAUUUACACCAACAAUUUAAAGCGAGCGGGGCAAAAAUCGGCGGGAUUUACGCAGGUUGUUCCCCAAUGAUUUUAAUCAUCGACCCAGAAUGGCUAAAACUCAUCGUAAGUAAAGAUUUUAAAUACUUUAAUAGCCACGCUGCGAUAUUCGACGAAAAAGUCGAACCGUUAGAGGCGCAUCUUUUUAAUUUAGAAGGUGCUAGAUGGAGGGAAAUGAGGGUUAAAGUUACCCCAACGUUUACUUCGGGGAAAAUGAAAACGAUGUUCAACACUUUGUUAGAAUGCGGGGUUCAACUUGAAGAAUUUAUUGAAACAUUCCAUAAAAACAAAAAAGAUUUAGACAUCAAAGAAAUUUUAGCCUGCUUCACCACCGAUGUAAUCGGAUCUUGCGCUUUUGGAUUGGAAUGCAACAGCUUUAAAAAUCCUAAAGCUGAAUUUAGAAGUUAUGGCAGAAAAUUGUUUGAGUCUAGCCUCAAAUUUCGAGUAAGAAACAUUCUCACGAUGAUCUCUCCCUCAAUCGUUAAAAGCUUAAAGCUUCAUUUCACCGAUAAGUGUUCAUCGAAAUUCUUCCGUGCAUUUAUAAAAGAUUCAUUUAAAUAUAGAAAAUCGAAAAAUGUAACAAGAAACGAUUUCAUGCAACUUUUAAUUAACAUGGAAAACCCCAUUGAUGAGUUAGCCGCACAAGGUUUCUUUUUCUUUUUGGCUGGAUUCGAAACAGCUUCAACCACGAUGAGUUUUUGUUUGUACGAGUUAGCUCAUCAUCAAAAUGUCCAAGAUAAACUUCGAAACGAAAUUAAUGAAAUUAUUAAAAAAAAUGAUGGAAAAUUGAGUUAUCAUGCAAUGAUGGAAAUGAAAUAUAUGGACCAAAUCAUAAAUGAAACUUUAAGAAUGUACCCCCCGAUUCAUACCCUCCCAAGACUUUGCACUCAAAAUUACACCCUUCCAAAUGGGGCAAUUAUAGAAAAAGGUACCCCUGUUUUCACGAGUUUAUUAGCUUUGCAAAGAGAUGAGGAUUAUUUCCCGGAACCAAAUAAAUUUAAUCCGGAUCGAUUUUCUAAGGAAAAUAAACGACAUAUCACUCCAUUUACUUUUCUUCCGUUCGGUGAAGGACCUAGAAUUUGUGUUGGUCUUCGAUUUGGGAUGAUGCAAACAAGAGUUGGGUUAAGUUUAUUUUUGAAAAAUUAUAAAGUGGCUCCUCAUGAAUCCACGAGAUAUCCCAUGCAGUUUGAUAAUCAGUCAGCAAUUUUAUCUCCAAAAGGGAAGAUUAUACUAAAACAUGAAAAAUUGAAAUUUGAUUGAAAUUUAAUAAAUAUUUGAUGCACCAU